AUGCAUCGGAGCAGCAGCGGUCCGCUGCUGCCGGCCAAGCGGAAAGCGCCUCCAGACGAGCAGCAGCAGCAACAGCAGCAGCAGCAGCAGCAGCAAGCACAGGAGCAGCAGCAGCAGCUGGCACUGCCUGUGGGGUCCUUAGAGACGCACCAUCUCUACAGGCAAUUGUUCCCGCUGCAGCAGCAGCAGCAGCAGCAGCAGCAGCAGCAGCGCACAGAUCUUCAAGUCGUGCAGAGUCUGCUCGAGCUAUGUCCGCUGCGGGUGUCUGCAGCAGAACUGGUCACUGAGAAGCUGGGGCCCCGCGCUCUGCGCCUGGACGACAGCAGGAAGCAGCAGCAGAAGCGGCAGCAGCAGCAGCAGCAGCAGCAGCAGCAGCAGAAGCGGCAGCAGCAGCUCAAGCUGUCCCGCACGAAGGCCAAACGCCUUGGCCUUUUCGAUGUUGCUGCAGACUUCGGGUGCAGCAGCAGCAGCAGAAGCCGCCGCAAGCAGCAGCAGCAGCAGCAGCAGCAGCUGCAGCUGCAGCAGCAGCAGCAGCAGCAGCAAAAUUGUCUAGGGCUGCAGGACUUGCUGCCGCUGUUUCAGCUGUGGCAGCAGUACGCGCUGUCCGUUUGCGGCGUGGAGUCCUCAGCAGCAGCAGCAGCAGCAGCAGCUGGCAGCAGCAGCAGCAGCAGCAGCAGCAAGAGGAAGCAAAAGGGGGGGCCCCCGGGGGGCCCCCAGGGGGCCCCCAAAAUGCAUGCAUUCAGCAGAUGUGCUGCAGCAGCACAAAUGGACCUUCAUGGGGCUUGGGUGUCUGUACACCGCAGCCGCUGCCCCUCGCUGUGCAAUCUCGCGGGCUUAGUGGUGCUGGACACGCAGCAGGUGAGGGUUUAG